UGUCAUCAUCAUUCUUUCAUGUUUCUUUGCAGCAGCGACUGUGCUGCUAAUCGCGUGUGGAAGUUAGUAGAUUUUUGUUUUUUAUUAGCUCCGAAAUCUCGGUCUGUACAUUCUGCUGCAAUUUGUAGUGCAUCGAUCGGCUCCAUACUGAUGUCGAAAGUUGUUUGUAUUAGAGAAAAGCUGAGUGAAAAGUGGAAACAAUUCAAUUAAUCGACUCUAAUGUAGUGGUGAUAAUUUGCCUCCGAUCUAACCAUUUUGACAGUAUUGUAACGUGUUGGUACAACAACCAAAAGUGCAGAGAGCGAGAGAACCUCCUCCUCCCACUGCCGCCAAUCGGCGGAUACACCGCGAGCUAUGGAUAUCAUCGACGUACACGAAGUACUCGAAGAUGACUCAUUCAUCGGCGAUAUGGAACAGCUGGACGAUGAAGUGGUGGAGAUUUUCAAACAAUGGAAAUCAUGCGGUAUACUCCCGUCAUGCAGUGGUGCCAUUCCAGCAGCCUCCGGCAGCAAUAGGUUCGGUUUUGGUAACGCCAGUCAUCACUCCAGCACAAGCGGCACUAACAAUAGCAGUAGCAUCAGCAUUAGCAGUCGUAACAGUACUUUCAACAGCGACAGCAAAGGUUCAAAGUACGUUGACACCCGGACAUUUACCAGACCGAAGAAAAAAUUAGAUACAACGUUCGAUUCGUCCAACACUCCUGAGGAGAGUCCUUCCGAAGUGCAACAGCUCAAAGUGUCCUCUCCCCUUUUAAAUGUUCACAUUGGUGGACCGGUCACGCCAUCCAGCAACAAUGGGCUAACGCACUCGAGUCACUUGAUGCAGAAAAGUUGGCUCAAUGAUGUUUCCCCACCCGGUUCCAUCAUGUCAUCAAUGGAUUUCUCCGGAAAUGAAAAAAUGGGCGGUAGUUUGAUAACUAGUGGGGAUUUCACUAACGUAAGCUGUUUAUUGAAUACCAACAGUACAAACAGUACAGCCGAAGGAAUGCUCAACUCUCAGAGUAGCUUUGAUGGGUACAAACUGUCCGAUGUUAUUAAGGAUCGCAAGUUUCUGGAAAGUUUAUCCUGCUUUGAAGAUUCAACGCUAACGAAGGAUAGUGCGAUAUCAAGGACUGAUUUGAAUGGAAUUGAGGGAACUUUGUCCGAAGCAAGUACAAUGCAGAACUCGUUGGAGAGCAUUUCAAAAAGCGUAGAGGGUAGGCUGUCCGACGAAACUACUGAAAACAGUGAAAGAGUAGCUGAACUGGCGGCGACUUUGGAAGAACUUCCGAAAACACGAAUGAGAACACAAUUGAAUAGCACCUUUGAGAGGCGACGAAAUUUUGAUACCUAUCGGAAACCCAAAUCGUGCCUAAAUGGCACACACAACGCACUACCCAAUGUAGAUGAUAGUGUGGAACAAAAGGCAGUUAACCGAACCUUUGAUGCUGUACAUGAAGGCCAACUAUUGGAUGCAACUUUCGGCGUGGAAAAUAACUGCAACGGAACCUUCUCGCUCAAUCGUACUGCUAAAGUAGAUGGAGCGGAGAAACAACUCAAUCGAACGUACGAGUAUUGUGAAAAAACUUCUCCAUCGGUUCCAGUAUUGAAUCAGACGUUUGAAAGGCCUACGAACCAAACGUUAACGGAACCUACUAGUCCCGAAGGCGCUGUUGACUUCAAUAGCCACAAUGAAACGCCAAAUGGAACGUUCGAGUUACCAGCCGACAGGACAAAGCCUGUGGACACGACUACUAUUGUUCAAUCUACGCCUUUUGUGAAUGUGUGUAGAGGGAAUCGUACUAGCGAUAUUAGUAAAUACGAGGUGAAUGUAUCUCCAAUUGCUCCUCAUACGGAACGCAGAUCAGAAGUAGUCAGGCGAAGUCGAAACUUGAAUGAUGAAAUGUCUGCAAGUCAUUUGGAGACCGAUGAAUUUGAUGUAGAAUUUCGUAAACUUCCAAUCACACCUAAUUCUAACAAGACUGAAAGUAGCAAUGGAUCGCAUCUUUUGGAAAGCGAAAAACGGAUAUCUCUGCAGCACUUUGAGGAGUUUGAAAAAUCCAUACUGGAGAGUGAACACAAUGGCGUAGAUUUUGACGAAAUGUUAAACUCAUUAACGGAUGUUAAACGUUCAAUGGAUAGCGUCAAGCUACGACAAUCGCUGGACAACAUCAAAAAGCGCCAUUCACGAAUGAACUCUGAGAAGCAGUUAGAGGAUUUGCGAAAACGAACAGAAAUGAUUGAUUCUCUGUCUUCUCCGCUGGAUAAUAAGUUGGCAGACUCAAUGGCGAAAAGUAUGUCCUCUUCCAGCGGCAGUGAACGUUUAUUAAAUCGCAGAAGUAGAUACAACGAGGACGUCCACCUAACGUUGUCGCCGCAGCAAAAAACUACUGACAUUUCCGUACAUGAUCCAGAACAGCAGUCAACGAACGAAAUGAAACCGGCAAUUGAUCCUCCCCUUACCGACAAAGAGGUAGGGGGUAGCGAUAGCAAAAAGAAUCGUGAUCGUUUCAAAACGAUACGCAUUAACAAACGGCUUGCGGAGGGAAUGGUAGUCGUACCGAGUCCCGAAGAAACAACUGAAGACUGCCAGUUUGAAUCAGUGUCUCUUCCCUUGGAGGAAGAGUCACUUGAAUCGCAGACAGCAACAGAACCGAGUGCCUUCAGCCGUGUAGACUUCAAUUCUCCGAAAGAGAUUCGGCAUUCUACCACCAUUGCGACGAAUCCCUCCACCGUUAGUAGCAAUAUGGAUCUACAACAUAAGACUGAAGAAGCGUUGUUCAAGCGUCCACAAGGAAUUGUAAAACCAGAAAGUAAAAUCCGAUCGCUAUCCAAGCCUCGUCUUUACGGUGGCCCAGGAGGAGCUUUUGGAAUUACCAGGAAAGACCUGUCACUUCCUUUGGCGACGAAAUCAAGCUCUACAGAUAAUUUAGAGAACGACCGUCCCAAUUAUCAGCAUGCACUGGGGUCCAAUCAGCCGCGACUAUCAUUGGGUGGAAAGAUGAGCCAUGGAGUCGGCAGUGGUGGUGGUAAAAGUGGUAUAGCAAGCUCGGUGCCGCAAUCGAACCUCAAAUCUCCCAUGGGUACAAAAUCGAAGUCAUAUCACAAUCUGUACUACAACCAAAGUGGCCAUGGAGGCUCGAAUGGCAGUGUGAAUCGAAUCCCGACUCCACUAGGUUUGUCCGCACAAAAGACGUCGCACAAUAAUAGCAACACCGAGCUGAAAAAUAACCACUCUAGACUGCAAUUGAACUUGCGAACUCCACGUGCCAGUUCCUUGGUACGACCCGUUACGACGGCCCUGCAAAAAGCUGCAUCUGAUACAGUCACCCGCAGCACCGAACUGAAUUCCAGCAGUAUUACAACAAACAACGCUACUCUAUCAGGCGUGCAAAUGCGGGCACCUAAGGGCAACGCCUCUCGAUUAGGGCUGAUUCGACCCUCUUCCGGUUAUUUCAGCUACAGUUCCCAGAGAAAAUAUGUCGACUCGGACAGCGAGUCAAUCAAUAGUUUAUCAUCAUCAUCGGCUAGCUCUAGAGGGAGUUUGUAUCGUGUAGAUAGUCAAAGCAUAGCCAAUAAUGUACAAUCAUAUGCUACCAACAAUAGCAUUGAAGAUAUCAGCGGUAGCAACGGAAUUCACAGCGGCAAGAGCCUCGGACCACCAAAGACUGGUAACCUAAUCGAACCGAAUCGAACGGGACCGCCGGUUAGUACGAGUAAACUGGCGUCAAACGGUACUACAACCAAGGCAUCAGGCCUACGGCCACCGUCUAAUCUGCGACCACCAACGGCACGCAGUGCUCUUCCGCGACCAACCAGUUAUGUGAGGCGAUAGACUUUGUCCGCAUGGUUUUCUAUCCUUCGAUUUUCUUUUUACAUCCGUGCUGCGUACCUAUUUUAGAGUAUCAACGUGCUCAGAAAGAUUUGUUAACAUGUCUAUUGGCCAACUCCUUUAAAGAAGACGGAAGCAGGCUUACUAAUCGCAAGGCUUUUUAGCUAAUUAUUCCUGUAUUUCAAUCGAAAUGAAGGAAAUAUUUAUGUGUGAUAUGUUGGCAUCAGUUUUUGUUAUAUAUUUUGUACAUUCUGUAGUACGUGCUAUCCCAAGCGACUUUCUCGCAACCGAAUUACUUUGUAUUAUAUAAUCUUAACAGAGCUUACAAAAAAAAUCUUACGAGAAAAUUUUAACAAGAACUUCUGCACAAAACUAUUUUAAAUAUUGUGUUUCCAUUGUACAUUAUUAACUUUUGGUUGCAAAAUACCUACGCCUUACUAGCUUUAAAAUAACAUUUCGAAGUUUGCCAUUCGCUGUUCGUUCUGUUGCAGAACUUUAUCGUUACAAUGUUCUAUUUGAUGCGUACGUUGAUAUUUCUUUCAUUGCAUUUCGUGUUUUUCGUAAUAAAAUUUUAGUAAUCUUAGUCCUUGUGGAAACAACAGUAAUAGACGUCUCUUAUACAAAUGUCGCUCGUUAAUGUCGAUUCAUUCUACUUAUUAAGUUUGCUCGUAAGUCCCAGUUCUGAACGCAUAAGUUUUGAAAAUUUCAUAAUCAUGAAAUAUUAUCAUCAAAACGAUUGAAAGAUUGAUUAAAAUAGAAAAGAAGCAAUUCGAACUAGCUCAUCGAAGAAAUGCAUAGUUGCGCAGUAUCGAAAUUAGAGCUCUCGAAGAAAACACGAAUAUACACAUUUAUGCUGCAACUUCUUUUUUUUUCUAUGUUUACAGCGUAGUUGUAAUAGUUUGAGCAAUGUAUCAAAAGCAGAUUACGAUUCAGUUUCGAAUAAGUAUACCUUUUUUAGUGCUAUUACGUGAAGCUAAUAAUUUAAUAAAACGAUGGCCGACUUACUAACCACACAAUAUAGACAAACCCAUCAUAGCUAUUUAUCUACUCAUCUGAUUUUACUUUGAUUUGUACAUAAAUAUCUAUCUGGAACGAGACAAAUAUAUUUUAUAUUGUCAGUAUAACAAA